AUGAGCCACAUCUCGACGCCUUUGCCUCAUCCUUUCCCCGCCGCACUGCCUCCCAAGGCAGCCCGCAGGUUGAUGGAACCCCCCAAAUCAGGAUGGCCAGAUGCACCACGCAAGAGCUUACCUCCCUGGGACCGAGUUGUUGACGUUGUCUACCACAAGUACCGUCGCGGAAAGAGGCCCAACGUGGAAGAUUUCGCCUUCGACCAGUCCGUCGCCAUGUUCUUCGUUGAGCGCGGUCGAGCCCCUGACCUGGAUCCCGUAUCGCCAUUCUUCAGACUGCCCGCUAUCGCCCGCUUCAAGAUCUGUCAAGAUGUGAUCAUAAGCCACAGCUCGGAGCUCCCGAUCUCUCUCACCAAUAGUCGCUCGACGAGAGAAGUCUGGAAGGACGACGAGUUCAUCUCUCUUGCUAGCGCCAUGGAGCCUUUGCAAUCAUACUUGCAAGUCUCUUUUGCUCUCCGCGCCGACAUGAUGGUUUCCUUUUUGAUGACCGAGAGGUUCCAUGUCACGUACUCUCCGUUCGUCAACGCGUACUUCGACCCCCUGGCCACGCUGUGGUACAACAGAUAUGGUGCUUUCAUGCAAGACAUCAUUCUCGAGCUCGACAUGACGCGAUUCGGCUUCGGCCCCGGCAAGCAGGCUUACAAGCUUCGUGCAGGAACCAUAAAACUUGACACCCUAAUCAAGUUAUUUGUCGAGACACAGCUGAAGCGCUCUUCGUCGCUCAAGAGCCUCGUGCUUCUCUGUCGAAGGUUUUACGGCCAGCGCCCAAAGAUUUGCGCUCCGUUGGGUGCUGCCAACUCGACGCCGGACGAUCUGAUCGAGGUAGAUGAGCCAGAGGGUUCUCUGGCGGUGCAGAAGGUGGACGACGCCGUGUACUACUGCCCAGACGAGGAGCUCAAGGUUUGUGAGCCGCUGGUGCGAAUGGAGUGGAUGAUCGACUCGAUGCGUCUGGCCGGCUUCAGCAAUAAGUACACGCACUCCCUGAUCCGUCGAAUUUUUCCGAUUCCCGACGAUGCAGACUGCCUAAAGCACCAUUCUUACAGAGUUGCGCCAUCCUCAGUGUGGCCGCGGAUACCUGGACAGUCUUCUUGGAUCGACGCAGGACGUGGAAAGUUGAAACUCGACGACCACUCGAGGGAGUAUCUUCGCGGUCUCUACUCUCCCGAGGGCGCAAUUCAGCUGCCGCCACCUUACUUUGACCCAGUCACCGGCCACAUGUCGAUGCGCCCGCCCAGUGAAUACAUCGAAGAACCAUCUGCUGCUUACGACAUGUAUGACAGACCCGAGACCAGAAUGACCACUUCUGGAAAGAGUAUCAAGAGCUGCUCGACUCCUUCUGACGCCGGUAGCCUGGAGCGGAGAGUGCAGGGGGUCAUGAACAAGCUACGGAGCAUGUCCCGAUCAAGCCGUGGGACUGAGGCAAGAUCCUCGCUGGAACGACACCUGCUUGAUCGAGAGUCAUUCGAGAGCACGCCAUUCGAGGCGAGGUCUGCGUGUUCCGAUGGCUACAGACGCAGCCCCGUCGGGCACGUCUACAUGGGAGGUGAUGGCACGAACAUCACAGUUCAAAGACCAAGGAGCGAGAGAGCCUCCAGUAUGGCCAGCAAGGCCCAGACGUACUGA